GGGGAAAGGGUGGAAGCUGCCGAAAGCGACACUCGCGCUGAGCGGGGCUGUGGGCAUCCCGCGCGUCCGGGGCCCCUUCUCGUUUCCCCGGGGGGAGGGGCGGGUGCCGAUGUCUCGAGAGUUGGAGGGUCCCGCAGGCGGCGCUGCUUAUCUUUCCCUGAUCUGGAGCCUUGAGCGGGGCCUCCUUCCGCCCCGGGGCUGACCCCCGGGGCGGGGCGGGGCGGCUCGGAUGCCUGGAGGGUCACGUGUCCCGGUGCCUCGGGUUUGAAAUGAUAGGUUUCGGGCUGAAUCGAAUCCAGGCCUUGACGGAAAGAGCUGCCGCAGGAGGAGCGCGAUCUGCUCGUGGCCCGCCUUCCGCGGGGGCCCGGCCGGACCGCCCCGGAGAAGCUCCCCCCGAGCUAGGGAGCUGCGGGUGCGGCGGCCUUGCCCGUGGAAGGCUCGCACGCUCCCCGCAGAAAGGCCGUCUCACGGGAAACGCUUCCUGUGUGUGAGGCCCUCCCGGGGAGUAGGAGGCCGGAGCCGCUCCGGGUUAGCGGCCGCGGAGCUGCGUGCCUUUCAUUCUUUUGGGUUUUCUGGGAAGCUUUUUCUUGGCUCGGAGAUUUUUAAAAAGUAUGUUGAUAGCAGGCUGUGGGCUUCCCUCCCCCCCUCCCACUGUCGGGGACGUAAAGGCCCUGCUGUGAAAGAACAGGAACCGGUGAGAAAGGGCAGCUGAGGACUUGGGACCCCAGGACCACGGCAGUGCUUUGGGGCCCCGACGUCCCCGGGUUUGGGUCCUGCAAGCGUGGCUCCCCGAUGGCGGGAGGGAAGGAACCUGGAGCUCUGUGAACCAGAGAGGGAAAUAGUGCAGGAAGCUGGUCUUUGUCCAGGUCGGGAGUGCAGGUGGUGGUCCCAGGGCCUCCUGCCCUGUCUGAGACGGCCUUCCCUGGCCAUCGUGUGACAGCGCGGUGGCUGUGUCCACGGGGCCGCCAGGCCUCAGCACACGGUGACUGAAGCCCCUUUCUGGACCGACGCUCCCUGCGUUGGCGAGGACCUGGUCCUUUUGUAGGUGCCACGCCAGUGCCCUUGGAAGGUGCUCAGCUGAGGCGUGCAGAGCUGUGGGAACCGUUCUCCAGUAGACAUGCUUUCUUCCCGCCAUCCGUCCAGCCCGCCUGAGGCGGGGAGAAAGUCCAGUCACGCGGAGCCAGCAUUGUCCCAGAUAUAGCAGUUGGUACAAAGCGGGGAUCCGACGAGCUUUUCUCUGCCUGCGUCACUAACGGACCCUUUAUCAUGAGCGGCAGCUCGGCCUCUGCAGCAAAUGGGAACGACAGCAAAAAGUUUAAGGGUGACAACAGAAGUGCAGGCGUGCCCUCCAGAGUGAUCCACAUCCGGAAGCUCCCUGGUGACGUCACCGAGGGCGAGGUCAUUUCCCUGGGGCUGCCCUUUGGGAAGGUCACCAAUCUCCUGAUGCUGAAAGGGAAAAAUCAGGCCUUCAUCGAGAUGAACACAGAGGAGGCCGCCAACACCAUGGUGAACUAUUACACUUCCGUCACACCCGUGCUGCGAGGCCAGCCCAUCUACAUCCAGUUUUCCAACCACAAGGAGCUCAAGACAGACAGCUCGCCAAACCAGGCACGGGCCCAGGCAGCGCUGCAGGCGGUGAACUCUGUGCAGUCAGGAAACCUGGCCCUGGCCGCCUCGGCUGCCGCGGUGGAUGCUGGGAUGGCCAUGGCCGGCCAGAGCCCAGUGCUGCGGAUCAUCGUGGAGAACCUUUUCUACCCAGUGACUUUGGAUGUGCUCCACCAGAUCUUCUCCAAAUUCGGCACAGUUCUGAAAAUCAUCACUUUCACCAAGAAUAACCAGUUCCAGGCGCUGCUGCAGUAUGCUGACCCCGUGAGCGCCCAGCAUGCCAAGCUGUCACUGGACGGGCAGAACAUCUACAACGCCUGUUGCACGCUGCGUAUCGACUUCUCCAAGCUUACCAGCCUCAACGUCAAGUACAACAACGACAAGAGUCGGGACUACACGCGCCCUGAUCUGCCCUCCGGCGACAGCCAGCCCUCGCUGGACCAGACCAUGGCUGCUGCCUUCGGUGCACCUGGUAUAAUGUCAGCCUCUCCGUAUGCAGGAGCUGGUUUCCCUCCCACCUUUGCAAUUCCUCAAGCUGCAGGCCUCUCGGUUCCUAACGUGCACGGGGCCCUGGCGCCUCUGGCCAUCCCGUCGGCGGCGGCGGCGGCGGCGGCAGCAGGCCGGAUCGCCAUCCCAGGCCUGGCAGGGGCAGGAAAUUCUGUCCUGUUGGUCAGCAACCUCAACCCCGAGAGAGUCACACCCCAAAGCCUCUUUAUUCUUUUCGGCGUGUACGGCGAUGUGCAGCGGGUGAAGAUCUUGUUCAAUAAGAAGGAGAACGCCCUGGUGCAGAUGGCAGACGGGAGCCAGGCGCAGCUGGCCAUGAGCCACCUCAACGGGCACAAGCUGCAUGGGAAGCCGGUGCGCAUCACGCUGUCUAAGCACCAGAAUGUGCAGCUGCCCCGCGAGGGCCAGGAGGACCAGGGUCUCACCAAGGACUAUGGCAACUCCCCCCUGCACCGCUUCAAGAAGCCCGGCUCCAAGAACUUCCAGAACAUCUUCCCGCCCUCGGCCACUCUGCACCUCUCCAACAUCCCGCCCUCCGUGUCCGAGGACGACCUGAAGAUCCUCUUCUCCAGUAACGGCGGGAUCGUCAAGGGGUUCAAGUUCUUCCAGAAGGACCGCAAGAUGGCGCUGAUCCAGAUGGGCUCAGUGGAGGAGGCCAUCCAGGCGCUCAUCGACCUGCACAACCACGACCUGGGCGAGAACCACCACCUGCGGGUCUCCUUCUCCAAGUCCACCAUCUAGGGCCACCGUGGACCAGCCUGCCGGCGCCCGGCCACAACUUCCAUCAUUCCAGAGAAAAGCCACUUUAAAAAGCAGCUGAAGUGACCUUAAAAGACCAGAGAUUUUAUUUUUUUAAAAGAGAAAUCAGUUUACCUGUUUUUAAAAAAAUUAAAUCCGAUUCACCUUGCUCACCCUGGGGAGAUGGGGUGCCGGCCUCAGGCUCUUGGUGACGAGUGGACAGUGUGCCCCACUCCCUCCCCAGCCCCCCAAGCCCGUGCCUUCUGCAGCCUCUGUGGGGUGGGCGCUUCCAAACCUCGACUCGGCUUUCUUGUGCCUUAAAACCCGCUGCUCUGGCAGGGCCCUCUCGCGGUAGCAGACGCGUGGGUGGGGGGCUGGGGGCUGGUGGUGGGCCUCCUGCGUGGGAUCAUGUGCCUGGUGCAGCGGGGGGCUGCGAGCUGCAGGGUCCAGCCGGCACCCCCAAUCCGUUUAAUCAAGUGUGUGAUUCGCCCCAGUCCCAGGGACCCCGACCCGGGGCAAGACCCCGAGGGCACCGUCCCUGUCCUCCUUCAGCUCCGAGCUCUGUGUCCACCGUAACCUCUGUAUGACGCUUUGAUGCAGUUGCAGACACCUGUGCCUAGCAAUAUUUCCAGUUGACCAAAUAUUCUAAUCUUUUUUCAUUUAUAUGCAAAAGACAUAGUUUUAAGUAACUUUUUAUAUAGCGAGAUAAAAAUGGUAUGAGUGUAAUCUCCAUUUCCUCCCUGUGGUAUGACCUCGCAUACUGUACUUUUCUAUUUUAUUCCUUGUAAUGAAGUCGCAGGGCAGGAUCUAGUUUCCAGGGCGGGCCGGCUGGGGGCCGGCAGGGGAGCCUGGUCCUUCCCGAGGACUCCUCCAGAUGCCUUACUCACACCUAACCUGUCCUCCCCUCUGGGGGGACGACCGCUCUUAAAACUUUCAGGGUUUCCGCUCUCCUGCAGAUUUUGGACCAAAGUUUUGUUUUUUUGUCUGCCUCUAACGCUGGGGCCCCGGAAAGUGGGACAGCGGCCCCCGAGUCUUAACUGUCUCCCGCACAUGGUCCUGCACUCAGGGUCCAAGGGGCUCCCCUGUGAGCAGACCCCGUGCUGGCCAGCCCCUCCCUUGGGCCUGGACCCUCGAGUUUCCGUGUUGGGGUGGAACAAGGGUGUAAAUAUUUAUAAUUUUUUUAUACCUGUUGUAAAACGAGGGGCAGCAAACAUGGUUUUUUAUAAAGGUGACACAGAUGUAUAUUUUGGUAACCCGCAGUUACAGGCUCAGUAUUGUGACGGGGACGGGGCACAUUCCACUGCCCGCCCUACAGCUUGUAAUGCAGAGAGAACCGAAUUAAAGCGAUUUUACAACUCCUA